AUUUUUUAAGAAACCAGCAGCGGUUACACCCUGCUUCAAAAAAAACGUACAGAUUAAAAGAAAUAUCACUGGCAUUUUGCGUCUAUUUAAUAGAAAUCCGAUAGAUACAGCUACAAAUGGACUCGAAUAUGGAUAAUCCACCAAACGAUGUUAGCGUCGUCUUGGCGCCGAGUGCGCAGAAAAAUAAGGACGCCAAUCGGAAUGGAGAAGUUUCAGCCGCUGCGGGCACUCCAGUGGCCAAAAAAACACGAGGAGCCUCCCUCAGGCUGAUGAACGCCACCUCGGAGAUGGAAUCCCCAACUGGCACUACGGGCAAUCCUCGCCCGACCGCCGAAACACCGCGACGCAGCUGCCGCAAAAGUGUACGUCCUACGAUCGACUACGAUGAUAUUAUAGUGCGAUCCGCCAAGAAGGUAAUAGCCGAAUCACUGGCUGCCGACCCUGAGGAUGAGGAGCCCUCCACCCAAAAGUGGAGUGCUGCCGAGGUGGGCAGGAACUCGCGCAAGCGCAGCCGCAAGUCCAAGCGCAUGACCACAAAGAAGAAGAAAAUGGAACAUGAGGUUCUAGAAGUGAGGGUCGAGGAAGAGCAGGAAUUAGAGCAAGGAGUUCUGGAGGAAAAAGAGGAGGAUAAACAGAAAACAGACCUGGAAGUUCCUCAGGAUCAGGCAGAUACUUUUAAAGUUGAAACAGACAAUAUAGAAAAAGUGGAUAAGCCCCCAUCGAAGAGGAAGUCCUCCAGGGCAUCUAAAAACGUAACUAAAUUCAAAUGUAUCGUUGCCAAGACGGAUAUAGAUGAACUGGGCUUGUGUCCACUGGGUGCUGAUAGCCAGGAAGUCGAUGACACAGAGACUACAAAAACAGCUUCACAAGAUAACGAUGAAGAUAAGGUAGUUAAAGAUGAAAAAAAAGAUGAUAAAAUCGAAGAAAAAGUUGAAAAAUUCAACGUACUAGCUGGAAAGGAUGAAGUUACAGAAAAGGCAGUCGAAGACAAUGUCCACGAGGAAACUGUUCCGGAAGAAGAAAUGCCUUCUCUGCUUAUGGAAAAUGAUGAUCUGGAUGAACCAGACAAGUCGCCGCUCAACACUACAUUCGACGCAGAUGAGAAAAAAGAUUUGGAUGUAAGUGUUAUUUUGGUUGUUGAUCCCGUCAAGCAACCAGAAGAUAUCGAUGCCAGCGUUAUCAUUGUUGACAGUCCCAAUAAGCCAAGUGUUUGCGUUCCGAAACCCGAAUUUGUUAAGAAGUCGGCAAUUAAAGUUGUUCUUACCACAGAAAAUGAUCAGAACGAAACAAUUUUGGAUCUAGCCGAUCUAGCUGUGCCAGAGGAGUUAAAAACCGAAUUUGUUAAGAAGUCGGCAAUUAAAGUUGUUCUUACCACAGAAAAUGAUCAGAAUGAAACAAUUUUGGAUCUAGCCGAUCUAGCUGUGCCGGAGGAGUUAAAACCCAAGAAACCGAAGGGCUUUCGAUUCCCGACGCCCUAUAAGCAAAAACCGGUGCUUAUGUUUUCGGACAAAUCAGAUAAAUUUGACCAAACAUUUAAAGGUCUCAACAAGGAAGAAGGUCCGAAGUACGAACGCAAACGUUCCAAGUCGGCCAACGAUUGGAAUGAUAACAUGUCGUGCUCUGUAACCUUUCAGAGGUCCGUUGAGAUUGCCAAUGUCGAGGACAUUGAUAAGCGCUGGAAGGGACUUCAGAAAACUAAUGUUAAUCUCCGCCGUAGGCGCUCAAAGUCGUUGGAUGAGAGCCGCUGCAAAGUGAGCAGAAUUCCGAAGCCCAGUAGAGGAAUUAUACAGCUGACCAGAACCAUUACACCCAGCAAGGUCAACAAGCGCACCAAGAUGCCCAAUUUUGCGGCCAUGCACGAGAAGCAGUUCGCCAAGAUGGAAAGCCUGCUGGAUCACGUCGAACGGAAGGCAGAACGCGCCAAGGUGCUAACCAAUUCAGUGCAGAAGCAACUACCGGGAUCGACGGUCAAGAAACCACCACAGGGUCACACUUCUGAAGAAGAUCGCCCUCGUCCGAAAGCGCUAAAACAGAUCGACAUGUCCGCCAAUAGAACCAUCGUAAAGGAUCAUAUUGCCGAAAAGCUUAACACAUCCCGUUUGCCCUUGAAGACCACCGCUCCCGCCCUAAAUGUAGCCCCGAAACCAGCUUUUAAUCUGUCCACCUCCACGGUGAAGACAUUCAACGCCACGUUUACAGGCAGGCCGGCGGAAUCUCAGGAUAACAAGUUGGCGGAGCGACGCCAGCGGCGUAUUGAAAUGUUCAAGGGCAGGACAACAACAAAAGCCCAAAACGAAAAGGGAAACUUUAUCCGAGGAGUACGCCUGAAUAGACGAUUUGAGCUCCAGAUGCAACACCGUCGACACUUGGAGGAAGAUUAGUUUCUUACGUUUGGUCGUUAUUUCUUUAUUUACUUAAUCCUCUAUUUGCUUUAAUAUGUUUUGAUGGUAUUUGUCAAAAAGGAAAUUGUAUUCUUGUUUUCCUUUGUCAUAUUUUGUACUCAAAAAAAAAUUAUUUUUAUUUUAACCUUACAUACACAAAAUGAUUCGUUUUUUAAUUCGAUGUUAUUGCUUUUACAGAAUUUGCUCAAAAUUAAAUUCGAAAUUGAUUGAAAAACAAUAUAUAUCCGGAAUUACAUUUACACUGUUCUCAGAAUUUAAGAUAUUUGUCCACAAAAAAAUUAAUAAAUACAUUAUUUUUAUAUGCUAUAGGUUAAA